GACGCAGCCUUUUUUUUGUAUACAUUGGUGGAGCACGUUUAAGAAAGUUUAUUUAGUUUCUUUAUUAUUUACUAUAAACAUUUUUCUAAUUUGGAAAAUAGACGUGCAAAAUUUUAAUGCGAAACUGAAAGUUAAUUAGUGUAAAUCGUGUAAAUGAAACUAUUGAAUGUUAUAAGAAAUUGUAUUGUUUAACUAAUCCUAACCUCAAAUUCCAAAUGGUGCUAGAUGUUCCACUACGUAAAGUUAAUCGAGGAAGCUGAACACUAUGAAGAUGCUUACAGGAAAACAGUUACAGAGAAUGGAAAAUAAAAAGAAAAAAAUGGCAGCCUUAUUGGAAAUAACAAAAUUAAAUGACAAAGACAGAGAAGCUAAAGCCUUAAAACAAAUUGAAACACAAACAAAUAUGUUAAAUCAAAAUGAUAAUGACGGUAUGAGCUGCAGUGGACUAAUUUCCAAUCGGAAACGACCUUGUGAUGAGGAUUUAAACACUGCUAGUUUGGAAAUUAUUAAAAAAGAAGAAGAAAGUUUAGAAAACUCUGAACAAACCGAAGGAGUCACUAGUAAAAAACCUAGAUUAAGUGGCGAGGAAUACGAACGAUUGAAAGCAGAAUUAAAAGAGCGAAGACAAAGGUUAAAAGCAAUUCCACGAAUUUGUCUUAAAAAAAUUGGAGAAGAUGCUGCAUUAAAUAUUGAUGAAAAUGACAAUGACAAUGGGAGAAUUCCUUUAUUUUUUAGUGAUAUACAGCACCUUUUAUUAUAUUCAUUGAUUGGUAAUCGUUCUCCAUAUUUACCUAACAGAUGGUGUAAAGUGGAUAAAUACAAUAAGUUGUCACACACGGUGCUGCUGAUUGUUGAGGGUGUUUCUCUUGAUCACUAUUUGGCACAUGAAAAUUUAUUUCCUCACUUAUCAACAAAUUUAAAACAUAAAUUAGAACUCAUUACACCCGUAGCACAUGGAGGAUCAAUCGUGGAAGAAAUUGUAGCUGUCCCUCUUACAGGAGAGCAUAAUCAUAAAUUAAUUCACGAAUUUGGCUCCUUGGAAGUGGCAAUGAAAUCUAGAGGAGAUCUUGUGAGAUUAUUGAAAACAGUAUUUCCAAUGCUACCUCGGAUAAAAACUAAUGGAAAAGAAUUAUCAGAGGAAGAUAUUUCACAAUUACCAGAGAGCGAUAAAUUCUCACGAACUAAACUUCUUUUGUCUCCUCAUCAACUUGUUGAUGAACAAUAUCCUGUACCAUUGCAAGGAAAACUAGCAAAUGACACGUAUCGCGAUUAUGUACAAACAAAAGAUGUUUAUCUACAAGCAACCUCGAAAUCACCAAUGUUUGGAAUAGAUUGUGAAAUGUGUAAAACAAUUGAUGGAAUGUCAGAAUUGACGAGAAUUUCUGUAGUCGAUGAAAAACUUAAUGUCGUUUACAAUACGCUAGUGAAACCUGAGAAUAAUAUUACGGAUUAUUUAACUCGAUUCAGUGGAAUUACAAAAAAAAUGAUGGAAGGUGUCACAACAACGUUAGCCGAUGUUCAACAAGCAUUAAGACUUUUACUUCCAGCAGAUGCAAUUCUUGUUGGGCAGAGUUUGAAUUUUGAUCUUCACGCUUUAAAAAUGAUGCAUCCUUAUAUAAUCGAUACUGGAGUAAUUUUCAAUAUCAGUGGCUUAAGAUAUCGCAAAUCGAAGUUACAAACAUUAGCCAGAGAAUUUUUAGGAUUGAGAAUUCAGGAAGGUACACACGGUCACGAUUCAAUUGAAGACGCUGCAGCUUCAAUGAAAUUGGCACAAUUAAAACUUGCUAAUAGUAUAGUUUUUGGAGAUGCGGUACUUCAUUGUCAACGAAAUAUAGGAGAAAUGUUGUUUCAAACAGAAGAGAAUCGCAAUUUUGAUUCGAAAAUUCAAACAAAGACAAAUAUCCGUAAAUAUGGAACUUGUUUAUUUAAUCAUGUGGCAAAUGAUAAUAAAACAACAGCUAUAAUUGGUUCCGACGAUGUGAUUAAUGAAUAUUCAAGAUAUUUAAAAUCUCCCAAUCUUAGUGUUGUGAAUGACAAUGAUUUCGACAAAAAUGAUCAGAUUCGUAUGGUCGAAACAGAAGGAAAUAAAAGUGCAAUAAAUCGAGCUGCUGAAAUAGCGAUGCAACAUGCUUUAACUCUUUGUCAUGUGAAAAUACAAGAAGAUCAUUUGACUAAUGAACGAAAAGAAAAAAUCUUUAAUAAAGUGGACAAGUGGGUGAAUAAAAUUUAUCAACAUAGUGCAGUUAAUGGACUAGUGUGUGUUAUUUUCGGUGGACAUAGUAAAUCUUCAAGUGGAGUUUGUUUCUUGAAUGUCAAAGAAAACGUGAUUCCAUUUAGUGCCUAAAUUUCUAAAGAUCACAGAAAAUUUGUUUAUAUAAUCUUUUUCCAAAAAAAAAAAAAAUAUAAUUCUUCAAUUGGCAAACAGAACAGAUUUUUUUUUCUAGAGAAAAUCUUGAGAAUAUUAGAAAAAAUAAAAAUAAAAUCCGAUUGGAAUGUUUGCUGGUCAUUGUACAAACAAUCGUAUUGUUAAUAAACAUUUUUUUUUAUUAUUUA